AUUUCUAAUUAGGUUUCUGUAUAAAUUACGAAAUAUUUAAAGCUACGAUGUGGGAAUUUUCAAUUACUUGUGCCUAAUCGGGUGUUUAUCUUUUCUGGGUAAACACGUUGGGGCCUUGAGAAUUCUAGAAAACAAAGUACUGCAGCGCUGGGCAGUCCAAUCCAGCAACGUCAACACUUAACAUCACAUCACACAUACGUAAAAAGCAGCCGGAAGGCUUUUUACUUGUUGGCCGAUCCCUGGUAACUCUAUCAGAGUUUUCGGUUUUGUUGUAUGUUGAUUUAAAAAAACCACAAAAUUAUCAGGCUAGAAAAAGAUUGCGAGUGGCCGUAAUAGAAUUUUGAUUAGAAGCACGCCUUUAGUUUUUGUGCAUAGCUAUUAUCCAUUUUCAUUUGUUGAUUGUCAAGUAAUGGACUUUUGAAAGCAAUUUUUUGUUAACGAAUUUUUUGCUUUGUUAUAAAAGUAAAUAAAUUUACUCAGCUGAAACUUUGGAAUUUAUCGUCUCCUAAACAAAGUUAUGCUUUUAAGAUGGCAAUCUUAUUUCUAAGAACAAUUUUUUCUAACCGAGAAACCGUGUAUACUCUUAGCUGUUUAAAACUAAUGAUCGUAUAUAGCUAGAUUGUUUACACACUAAGCUUUUAAGAAGCAAAGACUUGUCAUAGCGCACAAAAAUUAACUUUUUUCGCUUGCUUAUAAAUAGUGACUACCCAUUUAUCCAAACAGGCAACAAUGACGACAUUGAAAUUGAGCAUUAAAUUCGAGAAUGAGGUGCCAGUGCCCCCUGCAGCACUUUGUUUAGCUUUUAUUUUGGGACCAGCAAAAUUGAUAGGUGGCGAGUGAGGGAUUCGAAGUUGGGGAUAGGUAAUGAGGAAGCCGAAACAGGUUUUUUUUUACAGAUUUAUUAACCGUUGGGCGGACGGAGUACGGCGCUUGUGCGGUGAGGUAAAUUGUUAGUCAGCAUCUGCCCUGUCCGCGUACCCACAUUAUGGACAAAUUGUUUGCUCAUAUUCGCUGCUAUUAAAAGUGGGCACGUACGGCCCGAGCGACAAGCUUUAACCGAAGACAGGUAGUCAGGGUCAUGUUUAUGUGCGAUGAUGAUGAUGAUGAUGAUGAUGAAGCCGACGAUCGUGCUGAUAAGGUCACCGGGUGUACCUCCCCAUGCCUCCUCUAUGAAUCCACAGAUCAGCAUGAUGCAACGUUGCUGGCGUCUUCCAAAGCCACUGGCCCUGCGACGAGGUCUUACUUUGGGCCAGGUUAAUAGCCAAACAGUGGCCACUGAAGCGCCUGAGUCGGAGCCACUGGACUCAUUCGAGCGGCAGUAUCUCAAGGAUCGGAUCGAGAUAACGCCUUUCCAGCGAGUUAUUCUAGGAGCUGGAUCCUCCAUUGCAGCCCUGCUGGAUCCAAGACGCCACGAUAUGAUCGCCUGUUUGGGCGAGACGACCGGUGAGGAUGCUCUAUGGAACAUUUUGGAUACGAUGCAAUCCAGUGAGGAGGGUCAGCGCAUCAUGGCCGACAAGCCGCGUAUCCACACCAGUACUAUUGACUUUAAGCACUUGGAAACUUUGCCACCCGACACUUUUGGAGCCUCCUACGUUAAAUUUCUGAAAGAUAAUCAAGUCACGCCGGACAGUCGCAUGGCCGUGAAGUUUUUGGAGGACCCCAAGCUGGCCUAUUUAAUGACGCGGUACCGCGAGUGCCACGACCUAAUCCACACUGUGCUGGACAUGCCCACCAACAUGCUCGGCGAGGUGGCUGUCAAGUGGGUGGAGGCUCUGAACACGGGUCUGCCCAUGUGCUACGGCGGCGCGGUUUUCGGAGCGGUGCGCCUACGUCCCAAGCAGAGGCGUGCGUACUUGAAGCAAUACUUGCCCUGGGCUCUGGAGAACGGCAAACGGACCAAGCCCUUGAUGCCGGUCUACUGGGAGAAGCGCUGGGAGCAGAACAUACACGAGUUGCGCUCAGAACUAGGCAUUACUGUGUUAAAUAAAGUUUGAUGAGAAGUUUUGAUUUUUAAA